CUUUGUUCAGAUUCGCCAUUUUGCGAGGCAGCGGCAGUGGCGGCGGCGGCGGCGGCUGGAGCCUCUGAUUGGGUUUCGGGGUCCGGUACUGGAGCCAAUCAGCGCGGGCAGCGAACCGGGGGAGCGAGGCACGUAGGAGUCCUUACCUGCAGCUGCCUGGAAUUUGUAGAGUGAAGCUACAGGACUCUUAACGUGGCCUGGCCAUGGAGCAGUAUACAACAAACAGCAAUAGUUCCACAGAGCAGAUCGUGGUGCAGGCUGGCCAGAUUCAGCAGCAGCAGCAGGGUGGUGUCACUGCUGUCCAGUUGCAGACUGAGGCCCAAGUGGCAUCCGCCUCAGGCCAGCAAGUCCAGACCCUCCAGGUAGUUCAGGGGCAGCCAUUAAUGGUACAAGUCAGUGGAGGCCAGCUAAUUACAUCAACUGGCCAACCCAUCAUGGUCCAGGCUGUGCCGGGUGGACAAGGCCAAACUAUCAUGCAGGUACCUGUGUCUGGAACACAAGGUUUACAGCAGAUACAGUUGGUCCCUCCUGGUCAGAUCCAGAUUCAGGGUGGGCAGGCUGUGCAGGUACAAGGACAGCAGGGUCAGACCCAACAGAUCAUCAUUCAGCAGCCACAGACUGCAGUCACUGCGGGCCAGACUCAGACACAACAGCAAAUUGCUGUCCAGGGACAGCAAGUGGCCCAGACUGCUGAAGGGCAGACUAUUGUCUACCAGCCAGUUAAUGCAGAUGGCACAAUUCUCCAGCAAGUUACAGUCCCUGUUUCAGGCAUGAUAACCAUCCCAGCAGCCAGUUUGGCAGGAGCACAGAUUGUUCAGACAGGAGCCAAUACCAACACAACCAGCAGUGGACAAGGGACUGUCACUGUGACACUGCCAGUGGCGGGCAAUGUGGUCAACUCAGGAGGAAUGGUCAUGAUGGUGCCAGGAGCAGGCUCUGUGCCUGCUAUCCAAAGAAUCCCUUUACCUGGAGCAGAGAUGCUGGAGGAAGAACCCCUGUAUGUGAAUGCCAAACAGUAUCACCGCAUCCUUAAGAGGAGACAAGCACGGGCUAAGCUAGAGGCAGAAGGGAAAAUUCCAAAGGAAAGAAGGAAAUACCUCCAUGAGUCUCGGCAUCGACAUGCCAUGGCACGGAAGCGUGGUGAAGGGGGACGGUUCUUCUCUCCGAAAGAAAAGGACAGUCCUCAUAUGCAGGAUCCAAACCAAGCUGAUGAAGAAGCCAUGACACAGAUCAUCCGAGUUUCCUAACCACAGGAAUGUGGUAGAGCUGAUCAGUCACGUUCCUCUCCACUCUUUCCACUGCUCCUGGAAAUGGACCGAUUCAAAUGGGACACUGAUGAUUGCUCUCUGCCCUUUCUCAGGACAGAAACUGCUUAGCUCAGUAUUACAGCUGCAGUGAUGGCUGAUGAACUGAAGUUGCAAGCCUUUGUCUCACCCUUUCAUUCAGGACCUGUUUCAGACUGUUGGUGACACUGAUCUUUUGUGAAUUUGGAGGAUACAAGGAGGUAUUUACCAGCCAAGCGAUACGUACACAAGCACUUGAGUGGUAUAAGGCCAGCCAGUCAGCCAUUGCAGUAGGGGAGAGCAGCCUGGUCUGUGGUCAAAGCAGCCAUAGCCCAUGCCUUUCUGUGGAGUCUACCAGCAUCCAUCCCCUGGUGGGAUGUCGGGCUGGCUCCCAAACAGAGAAGUUUCCUUCAUGUUACGACAUGGAGCAACAGACUGAGCUGCCGUCUUCUGUUCGUGUGAUGAGAGCCUUGUCUGCCCACAUGCCAGGUUAGUGUUUUUCACUUCGGCAAGAAAGUCCAAAGAGGAUAAUAUGGACUCAGGAUAAAAGGAUAGAAGACCUUGAGGAUCUAAGAGGUACAUCGCUGAAUCUUUCUAGCUCUGACAGUGGUCUGUUCAUCCCUGUUAACAGGCCAUCUGGGCUAUUGUUUGUCCUGGGGCCACUUUAAAGACAGUUUAGAGAGUUAGUGGACCUUGCAGCAGAUUUUCCAGGUAGAAAACUUUGCAACAUCUGUGCUGAAGUAUCGACAUUUACCGUUGUUCAACAGAGGCAAACGUAGGAUUUUUAAUCAUGGGCUUUAUGACAGCAGGGAAUGGAAGGAUCUGUGCAUUUCAGUGUAGAGAACAAGUGUCCUGCCUGCCCGAGUGCUGUCACAGAGCAUGAUUGUCCAGUGGCUGGACACCAGGCAUGGCUCUUAAGCUGAAGAAACCACAUUCACACUGACAACCUUCUGGCGUGCAUAAGAGGGAAGUUGGAGGUGUGCUCCUUAUAUUGUCUGAAAAGCACUGUUUAGGCAGCUGUCCUGAACACAGACUGGACACUGCUGGAGCUCAGAGUGAAGGAGACUGGGCUCCACCCUUCCUCUGUGUGCUGGCCCCGAGGGUGAAUGCUCUUCCCAUGGCAGCUGAUUUCCUUGGUGCCAGUUUCCACUGUUUUCUCCUUUCCCUGAGGCCUUGGAACAAGAUUGCACACACAUCUGUGCUGUAGGGUUCAGCUACAGAUCGGGAAGAAGAUUCCUGCAGGGUCAGGAAUUCACAGUCCCUGGGGUGAGUUGGGCCUCAGUGAUCUUUUCUGGACAAGCACUCUACCACUGAGCCACACACACCCAGCCCGGAAUCUGCUGUGCAUGCUGAGGCCUGGAGGAGAAAGCCAUGGUUGACAUUUCAGAAGAGUUAGCUGUAUGCUCUGCAAUCAAAGUCAAACAGUCAUUCCAAAGACUUUGGGGGUUGGUUAAAAUACCAGUCAAGUCUAAAGACUGGCUCUUUGACUUUGUUCUGUGUUAAAAAUGGGAAAGAUUUUAACCUUAUAAAGGAACAUCACAGGGAGACCAGUUUAAUCGGAGAAGCAGGAAGUAAGCCAUCGUUCCCUUCUCCCAGGAAUCUUGCCAUUUCUCCUGGCUUCCAGAUGUAAGAGGGGACUAAUCCUUUUUUAGUAAAUCUACUAAAAACUUCUGGCUCUUGACAUGAGCUAUUGACUAUUCCAUGAGGGAUUUCUGCCUUUGUGGCGGUAAGGAUUCUAAAGGAAAGAAGGGUUCAGGGAUUCCUCAGACCUAAUGUCUAGUGUUUAAGCCAGCACUUGUAGAACGCUAUUUAUUUGUGUUUGUAAGUUUGUACAUAAUCUUAACCUCAUAUUGUUGCUGAGUUUCAUUUUGAGGAAGGCAAAUUUGAGUUUUAUUUCCUUUGAAAUAGAUGCUUGGGUUUCAUGUUGUCACUGCAUUGCAGUUAGCCCAUGACCCUUGCAUUGUGGUUAUUCUAGCACAACGUAAUAACCCAUAGGGGGACUCAUUUUUAUGGAUUUUUGUUUGUUUAAUUUAGUUCUUUUUACUUGUUCUUGGAAUUGUAGUGAUGGCUUCAAAGACACAGAGUGAGUCGGGGAGUGGGCUGCUGGUCUCUGCAUCUCUGUACUUCCUGAGUGCUUCUGUUGCAGAAUAACUACAUGUAUAUAUUUUAAUUGCACUGGUAAUGGGACACACCAGUGUCUAGACACUGCACCAGUAGCUUUUCCUGGCUACAGGGUGCCUGAUAAUAAUGUCUUGAUUUUCCUUUGGGACUCAACUAUGUAAGUCUCCCCACCAGCAAGGGGAAUACAGAUGAUCAUCGAUGUCAUUGCAACUGUUUUUUAAUAAAUUUAUAAAAAUA